UCCCUCUCUAUCCCCUUACUCACUCCCUCCCUCCCUCCCUCUCCCUCACUCUCUCUUUCUCCCUCUGUCAGUCAUUGAGUCAUGAUGGCGGAGCGGACGGUGCCUCAUGCAUAUCCCAUGAGUACUCAGUGUGAACUGAACUCUCCCAGACGGAUCUACGACCAGAACUUUGGAGAAGCUCUUACCCCCCAGGACCUCCUGACCCCCACCCUGUACCAUGGUUACUAUGUCCGUCCACGAAUCACCAAGCAGCUAGGGCGAGGCUUCUCUGAUAUAGAGGCGGAGCCAGGGAAGUGGACCGUCCGAUUGGACGUGUGUCAGUUCACUCCUGAUGAAGUCACCGUCCGCACCGUCAACAACCUACUGGAGGUCAGUGGGAACCACUCCCAGAGACAGGAUGUCCACGGGUUCAUCAGUCGGUCGUUUACGAGGACCUACAUACUUCCUGUGGGUGUCGACCCUCUACUGCUCUUCGUUGACCUAUCACACGACGGCAUCCUCUCUGUCUCCGCUCCCCGGACAACCCCCGACCCGCCCUCCACACACACGCAUAUCAUACACACACACACCGACAAGACAACCAAGUGACGACACAGACACAACCAAAAUACGACCUAGUGUCCUCUGUCAUGGAUCAACCCCAAUACCCUCUAGGAUCAACCCCAAUACCCCCUAGUGUCCUCUGUCAUGGAUCAACCCCAAUACCCUCUAGGAUCAACCCCAAUACCCUCUAGUGUACUCUGUCAUGGAUCAGCCCCAAUACCUCUAGGAUCAACCCCAAUACCCCCUAGUGUCCUCUGUCAUGGAUCAACCCCAAUACCCCCUAGUGUCCUCUGUCAUGGAUCAACCCUAAUACCCCCUAGUAUCCUCUGUCAUGGAUCAACCCCAAUACCCCCUAGUCUCCUCUGUCAUGGAUCAACCCCAAUACCCCCUAGUGUCCUCUGUCAUGGAUCAACCCAAAUACCCCCUAGUCUCCUCUGUCAUGGAUCAACCCCAAUACCCCCUAGUGUCCUCUGUCAUGGAUCAACCCCAAUACCUCCUAGUGUCCUCUGUCAUGGAUCAACCCCAAUACCCUCUAGUGUCCUCUGUCAUGGAUCAACCCCAAUACCCACUAGUGUCCUCUGUCAUGGAUCAACCCUAAUACCCUCUAGUGUCCUCUGUCAUGGAUCAACCCCAAUACCCCCUAGUGUCCUCUGUCAUGGAUCAACCCCAAUACCCCCUAGUGUCCUCUGUCAUGGAUCAACCCCAAUACCCUCUAGUGUCCUCUGUCAUGGAUCAACCCCAAUACCCUCUAGUGUCCUCUGUCAUGGAUCAAACCCAAUACCCCCUAGUGUCCUCUGUCAUGGAUCAACCCCAAUACCCUCUAGUGUCCUCUGUCAUGGAUCAACCCCAAUACCAUCUAGUGUCCUCUGUCAUGGAUCAACCCCAAUACCCCCUAGUGUCCUCUGUGAUAGAUCAACCCCUAUACCCCCUAGUGUCCUCUGUCAUGGAUCAACCCCAAUACCCCUAGUGUCCUCUGUCAUGGAUCAACCCCAAUACCCCCUAGGAUCAACUCCAAUACCCCCUAGUGUCCUCUGUCAUGGAUCAACCCCAAUACCCUCUAGUGUCCUCUGUCAUGGAUCAACCCCAAUACCCCCUAGUGUCCUCUGUCAUGGAUCAACCCCAAUACCCCCUAGUGUCCUCUGUCAUGGAUCAACCCCAAUACUAUCUAGGGUCCUCUGUCAUGGAUAAACCCCAAUACCCUCUAGUGUCCUCUGUCAUGGAUCAACCCCAAUACCCCCUAGUGUCCUCUGUCAUGGAUCAACCCCAAUACCCCUAGUGUCCUCUGUCAUGGAUCAACCCCAAUACCCUCUAGUGUCCUCUGUCAUGGAUCAACCCCAAUACCCUCUAGUGUCCUCUGUCAUGGAUCAACCCCAAUACCCUCUAGUGUCCUCUGUCAUGGAUCAACCCCAAUACCCUCUAAUGUCCUCUGUCAUGGAUCAACCCCAAUACCCUCUAGUGUCCUCUGUCAUGGAUCAACCCCAAUACCCUCUAGUGUCCUCUGUCAUGGAUCAACCCCAAUACCCUCUAGUGUCCUCUGUCAUGGAUCAACCCCAAUACCCCCUAGUGUCCUCUGUCAUGGAUCAACCCCAAUACCCUCUAGUGUCCUCUGUCAUGGAUCAACCCCAAUACCCCCUAGUGUCCUCUGUCAUGGAUCAACCACAAUACCCUCUAGUGUCCUCUGUCAUGGAUCAACCCCAAUACCCACUAGUGUCCUCUGUCAUGGAUCAACCCCAAUACCCUCUAGUGUCCUCUGUCAUGGAUCAACCCCAAUACCCCCUAGUGUCCUCUGUCAUGGAUCAACCCCAAUACCCUCUAGUGUCCUCUGUCAUGGAUCAACCCCAAUACCCCCUAGUGUCCUCUGUCAUGGAUCAACCCCAAUACCCUCUAGUGUCCUUUGUCAUGGAUCAACCCCAAUACCCUCUAGUGUCCUCUGUCAUGGAUCAACCCCAAUACCCCCUAGUGUCCUCUGUCAUGGAUCAAACCCAAUACCCCCUAGUGUCCUCUGUCAUGGAUCAACCCCAAUACCCCCUAGUGUCCUCUGUCAUGGAUCAACCCCAAUACCCUCUAGUGUCCUCUGUCAUGGAUCAACCCCAAUACCCCCUAGUGUCCUCUGUCAUGGAUCAACCUCAAUACCCUCUAGUGUCCUCUGUCAUGGAUCAACCCCAAUACCCCCUAGUGUCCUCUGUCAUGGAUCAACCCCAAUACCCCUAGUGUCCUCUGUCAUGGAUCAACCCCAAUACCCACUAGUGUCCUCUGUCAUGGAUCAACCCCAAUACCCUCUAGUGUCCUCUGUCAUGGAUCAACCCCAAUACCCCCUAGUGUCCUCUGUCAUGGAUCAACCCCAAUACCCUCUAGUGUCCUCUGUCAUGGAUCAACCCCAAUACCCCCUAGUGUCCUCUGUCAUGGAUCAACCCCAAUACCCCCUAGUGUCCUCUGUCAUGGAUCAACCCCAAUACCUCCUAGUGUCCUCUGUCAUGGAUCAACCCCAAGACCUCCUAGUGUCCUCUGUCAUGGAUCAACCCCAAUACCCCUAGUGUCCUCUGUCAUGGAUCAACCCCAAUACCCCCUAGUGUCCUCUGUCAUGGAUCAACCCCAAUACCCCCUAGUGUCCUCUGUCAUGGAUCAACCCCAAUACCCCUAGUGUCCUCUGUCAUGGAUCAACCCCAAUACCCCUAGUGUCCUCUGUCAUGGAUCAACCCAAAUACCCACUAGUGUCCUCUGUCAUGGAUCAACCCCAAUACCCUCUAGUGUCCUCUGUCAUGGAUCAACCCCAAUACCCACUAGUGUCCUCUGUCAUGGAUCAACCCCAAUACCCCCUAGUGUCCUCUGUCAUGGAUCAACCCCAAUACCCCCUAGUGUCCUCUGCCAUGGAUCAACCCCAAUACCUCCUAGUGUCCUCUGUCAUGGAUCAACCCCAAUACCCCCUAGUGUCCUCUGUCAUGGAUCAACCCCAAUACCCACUAGUGUCCUCUGUCAUGGAUCAACCCCAAUACCCCCUAGUGUCCUCUGUCAUGAAUCAACCCCAAUACCCACUAGUGUCCUCUGUCAUGGAUCAACCCCAAUACCCCCUAGUGUCCUCUGUCAUGGAUCAACCCCAAUACCCCUAGUGUCCUCUGUCAUGGAUCAACCCCAAUACCCCCUAGUUUCCUCUGUCAUGGAUCAACCCCAAUACCCUCUAGUGUCCUCUGUCAUGGAUCAACCCCAAUACCCCCUAGUGUCCUCUGUCAUGGAUCAACCCCAAUACCCCCUAGUGUCCUCUGUCAUGGAUCAACCCCAAUACCCCCUAGUGUCCUCUGUCAUGGAUCAACCCCAAUACCCCCUAGUGUCCUCUGUCAUGGAUCAACCCCGAUACCCCCUAGUGUCCUCUGUCAUGGAUCAACCCCAAUACCCUCUAGUGUCCUCUGUCAUGGAUCAACCCCAAUACCCCCUAGUGUCCUCUGUCAUGGAUCAACCCCAAUACCCCCUAGUGUCCUCUGUCAUGGAUCAACCCCAAUACCCCUAGUGUCCUCUGUCAUGGAUCAACCCCAAUACCCCCUAGUGUCCUCUGUCAUGGAUCAACCCCAAUACCCCCUAGUGUCCUCUGUCAUGGAUCAACCCCAAUACCCCCUAGUGUCCUCUGUCAUGGAUCAACCCCAAUACCCUCUAGUGUCCUCUGUCAUGGAUCAACCCCAAUACCCCCUAGUGUCCUCUGUCAUGGAUCAACCCCAAUACCCUCUAGUGUCCUCUGUCAUGGAUCAACCCCAAUACCCCCUAGUGUCCUCUGUCAUGGAUCAACCCCAAUACCCCCUAGUGUCCUCUGUCAUGGAUCAACCCCAAUACCUCCUAGUGUCCUCUGUCAUGGAUCAACCCCAAGACCUCCUAGUGUCCUCUGUCAUGGAUCAACCCCAAUACCCCUAGUGUCCUCUGUCAUGGAUCAACCCCAAUACCCCCUAGUGUCCUCUGUCAUGGAUCAACCCCAAUACCCCCUAGUGUCCUCUGUCAUGGAUCAACCCCAAUACCCCUAGUGUCCUCUGUCAUGGAUCAACCCCAAUACCCCUAGUGUCCUCUGUCAUGGAUCAACCCAAAUACCCACUAGUGUCCUCUGUCAUGGAUCAACCCCAAUACCCUCUAGUGUCCUCUGUCAUGGAUCAACCCCAAUACCCACUAGUGUCCUCUGUCAUGGAUCAACCCCAAUACCCCCUAGUGUCCUCUGUCAUGGAUCAACCCCAAUACCCCCUAGUGUCCUCUGCCAUGGAUCAACCCCAAUACCUCCUAGUGUCCUCUGUCAUGGAUCAACCCCAAUACCCCCUAGUGUCCUCUGUCAUGGAUCAACCCCAAUACCCACUAGUGUCCUCUGUCAUGGAUCAACCCCAAUACCCCCUAGUGUCCUCUGUCAUGAAUCAACCCCAAUACCCACUAGUGUCCUCUGUCAUGGAUCAACCCCAAUACCCCCUAGUGUCCUCUGUCAUGGAUCAACCCCAAUACCCCCUAGUGUCCUCUGUCAUGGAUCAACCCCAAUACCCCCUAGUGUCCUCUGUCAUGGAUCAACCCCAAUACCCCUAGUGUCCUCUGUCAUGGAUCAACCCCAAUACCCCUAGUGUCCUCUGUCAUGGAUCAACCCAAAUACCCACUAGUGUCCUCUGUCAUGGAUCAACCCCAAUACCCUCUAGUGUCCUCUGUCAUGGAUCAACCCCAAUACCCACUAGUGUCCUCUGUCAUGGAUCAACCCCAAUACCCCCUAGUGUCCUCUGUCAUGGAUCAACCCCAAUACCCCCUAGUGUCCUCUGCCAUGGAUCAACCCCAAUACCUCCUAGUGUCCUCUGUCAUGGAUCAACCCCAAUACCCCCUAGUGUCCUCUGUCAUGGAUCAACCCCAAUACCCACUAGUGUCCUCUGUCAUGGAUCAACCCCAAUACCCCCUAGUGUCCUCUGUCAUGAAUCAACCCCAAUACCCACUAGUGUCCUCUGUCAUGGAUCAACCCCAAUACCCCCUAGUGUCCUCUGUCAUGGAUCAACCCCAAUACCCCCUAGUGUCCUCUGUCAUGGAUCAACCCCAAUACCCCCUAGUGUCCUUUGUCAUGGAUCAACCCCAAUACCCCUAGUGUCCUCUGUCAUGGAUCAACCCCAAUACCCCUAGUGUCCUCUGUCAUGGAUCAACCCCAAUACCACCCGGAAUGAGAUCUAUGGAACGUAGACCUUGGGAGAUAGAACAAGGACCGUAGACCGUGGGGGAUAGUAGACUGUGGGGGAUAGUAGAAGGAACGUAGACCGUGGGAGAAAGAGCAAGGACCGUAGACUGUGUGGGAUAGCAGACCGUGGGGGAUAGCAGACCGUGUGGGAUAGCAGACCGUGGGGGAUAGCAGACCGUGGGGGAGAGCAGACUGUGGGGGAGAGCAGACUGUGGGGGAUAGUAGAAGGAACGUAGACCGUGGGAGAAAGAGCAAGGACCGUAGACUGUGUGGGAUAGCAGACCGUGGGGGAUAGCAGACCGUGUGGGAUAGCAGACCGUGGGGGAUAGCAGACCGUGUGGGAUAGCAGACCGUGGGGGAUAGCAGACCGUGUGGGAGAGCAGACCGUGGGGGAUAGCAGACCGUGGGGGAGAGCAGACCGUGGGGGAGAGCAGACCGUGUGGGAUAGCAGACCGUGGGGGAGAGCAGACCGUGGGGGAGAGCAGACUGUGGGGGAUAAGACGCCAUUGGUGCCCAUUCAGCGAUGCUGAUCUAACACGGUGGAUAUUCAUCAAAUCCUUCAUGAUUGAUGUGUUCUAUCAGGCCCACAAUGUGGUUUCUACAAUCCCAAUGAUGUGUUCUAUCAGGCCCACAAUGUGGUUUCUACAAUCCCAUUGAUGUGUUCUAUCAGGCCCACAAUGUGGUUUCUACAAUCCCAUUGAUGUGUUCUAUCAGGCCCACAAUGUGGUUUCUACAAUCCCAUUUGGAUAUAUUUGUCUGUUUUCGCUGCAUAAUAUUUAGAAGUUGUCUUUUUCGGGAUUAUAAUUUUUUUGGUGCUCAAUGCUAACUCCCGUUGGGAUAAACUGGUAGCAUAGCUAGCAUAGAGAAAUCAGUGGUGGUAGUGAAACUCAUUUUUAACUGUAGUGCAUUUGAUUGGUGACGAACAUGUCCUGUUUAGGGGAUGGCAUCUUUACAAGCAUUAUACUCCAAUAUCUACCACAACAUAGUGUGAAAUAUAGUAACAGUAGCCUAAAUGCAGGUUGAUUCAGAUGGCCGCUAAUGAAGAGAUUAUGGAUCUAUCCCCAACCGUUUCCAUGGUUUCUGUGGAUCUCUUACAUAAUCUACUAGAUCGGACAUUUCUAAAGAUUUAUAUUGUUGCUUAGUGAUGCUCUAGUUUACAAUAAAAUAUACCUAUUGUAUCUGUAAUAAACAAUAGUGCUGUUUCUUAAUCUAGAAUAAUGAUCUCCCUAGAUCAUAAAUAAAUGAAUAAAUGAG